AUGGCUCAAGUUGUUAUCUCACAAGCGUCACAGGUCAUUGGCGCCGAUCUCUCUCAGUCGGCCCCAACGACCUCUUUCACCAGACCGAGGCUCAAUGAUGACAUGGGCCAGUUAAGUCUUGGCCAGCAAGAGUCACUAACACAGAUGCGAAACCGAACCCAGAAAGAUCAGGACAAGGAAGAUGAGGCUGCGCGGAGAAAAGCCCUGAAGGAACUCCUUCAAAGCUGGAUGGAUCGGCUGCAACUCAUCUCUGUUCUUACGACCUUUUUCGCCGCGAUGGAGGCACAACUUUUGGGCAACACGUCUCCUACUGGCAGUGGUCCCGUGAGCAUCACAGCACAGGUAGCCAACACUGGGCUUAUAUGUGCACUCAUCGUUCAUUCUUUUGCCGCGAUGAUCUCCUUCCUUGCAGCGUUUGCACUCAUCAGGUUCAAACUCACAGAGGCCACGAAGGAAGAGUUCAGAGCUGAGAACUUCUCUGUCGCAUCACCCAACUCUGUCAAGUUGGAAACUACCACGAGCGACCAGACCCCUUCCUUGGUUAACCUUCCUCCCUCGCAGACUGAUUAUCGGCAGGAAAACCACGCAUUUCAUCCACGACCAAUCGACCGAUCUACAUCUAUACCAGAACAUAUUCGCGCUUUCAUACCACCACCACGGGUGUUCUCCACGAACCCCCAUAUCGAAUCCUUCAACUCAUUUCACAUGCGCAAGCCACCGAUGGCCCUCCUCGAACAUGCAUAUGCCCUCUCGAUAUCCAUGGCCGCUGUCGGAUUCGUGCUUGUGGUAGUUGGCAUUGUAUGUUGGGCGUGGUCGCAGCUUCCAGUGAGCGUCGCCAUAGCUUCGACUGCAGCAGUAGGCAUUUGCACGGUCGCCGGGGCGGCAAUCCUGAUUUAA